AUGGCUGGUUAUAUUGCUAAACAAUUGGUGGCAAAACCUCUUGAUGUAGUCAAAAACGUUGCCAAAGAUGCUGGCUCUUUAACAACACCCGAUGACACAGAUCUUACAGCAUCAAUGACUGCAGCGGAAGAAAAACGUCGGGAAAGAUUUGAGGGUUUAGAAGAACAAAGAGAAAAUUUAAGACAAACAAUUAGAGAUAAGUAUGGACUAAAAAAGAAAUCAGAUUUUUUAGAAGUAGGACCUGUAGAAGGCGGCUCAAGACGAUCAUCAACUCAUCGAUGUUCUGAUGUCAAUUUAAAUGCACAUCGUCGAUCUACUACUACUACUCAAGAAGACUCAUUUAUGAAAUUUAUUCCAACUGCAAUACAAGAUGCUGCAUCAAGAGUAGUUGAAUUACCGCAACAAUUGGCAAACCAAGCAACAGAUAAAUGUUGUCUCAUGUAA